AUGGGUAGGGUCGAGCGGGCUAAGCAAGUCUGCAACAUUUACUGGCACGUUGUUUCCAAGGAGGAACACCCCAAGGAUAAGAGUUCGCGAACAACGCAUCGCCCCACAUACGACCCUCCCUGCAACCCAACCAUAACGAUAUCGAAUACCUUAAACGCAGAACCCCUGGAUCAAAUAACCUCCCUCCCAGAGUCCGUGACUGCACAAGCAGGGAAUUCUUCCCAGGAAUCGCAGAUACCCAUGGAGAUUGAGGCGGUCUACUGGCAACGGAACAAUUCCGGGGAGCUGAUCCACAUAACCGUUGUCCUUUGCCAUCCACUGAAGGCGUACGGCCAUUCUGCGUUCCGCGUCAUCAAACUCUGGGACCUUGGGAACUGGGAGAAUGGUGACCUACCAGCCAUGCAAUCACUAGAAAAACUUCAGCUCUGUGGGGGAGAAGACGAUGAUGCGACGGUAGACGGCUUCAGUAUAACCAUGGCCAAGUUCCCGCGCCUGCGGUCCCUCAAACUAUGGAAUUUGGUAGUUGGAAAUGCUGAAAAGUUUUUCCCUGGGCCAAUACAGAGCUUGUGCAAGGUGAAGGUUGACUUUUGUUUUAUUUCCACGGACAGAUUUCUUAACCUGUCAGCCGCUGCGGCCAAAAGUCUAUACAUCUGCAUUCGACAAUCAGACGGCACCACAGGACCGUAUGAAAUUAGCACACCGAAGUUAAUGGACCUGACCGUAGACGGACGCUUACCACCAGGUUUCCGGUUGAAAGGUUUGCCACAGGACUGCACACUCUGUGCAGAUACCUUCCUGCUCCAAGGUGCAAAUAUUGACCAUACGAUUAACGUGGCUGGGGUUCGCAUUUUGUGGUAUGAAGGGCGUCUGUGGAUUCCAGCGUGGACCAACCAGAUCGGCAGAGGCCGUAUAACGUCCUUUAAGUGCCAGAACAUGAUGUUGACGCGCUCCCUGUGGAAUGCCCUCCGCUCCUGCACCUCUCUCCGGGUAGUUCAUAUUUAUGUCGCUCGUCACAAUCCCGAUCCACCCCCUCUUGAUCCUUUGGUGGAGCCUGCAGAACUCUUUCAGGAGGUGCCCCACUGGAUCAAUGAUCUCACUAUCCACGAAGAACAGAUCCUCAAGCACGUGUGGGAUAAAGGAAUUCGCGUAAUGAACGGACGUUUCCAAGCGCUUUUUGGUCCACGAUGGUGGUCUGGCUGUGCAGAUAGCCUUGCCGUCUUUGUUAUGGUACAUAGUCAUCACAGUUCUGAAGUCGUGGAGAAAUAUCCCAAAUAUGGCUCACUGCACUAG